AUGAUCAAGUGGACACGUUUCUUGACGUUGGUUGCCGUAGCACUGACUCCAUCCGUCUCUGCCGACGUUGAGACACACGAGUAUACACCAGGUGAAGAAGUUGUUGUCUGGGUGAACAAAAUCGGGCCAUUUAAUAAUCCCCAAGAGACAUAUACGUACAAUACACUGCCUUUCUGUCGUGCAAGUGGGGCAGAAGAGCCAGAGGCUCAUGCAUUGGGCAUUGGGGAAAUUUUAGAAGGCAAUGAACUUUUUAAUUCGGGUCAAUUGAUUAAAUUUGGUGUAAACGCACGUAAAACAACACUCUGUGAACAAACACUCUCGGAUGCCGAUGCACUUCAAUUUGGAGCAGCUGUGGAUGAACAUUACUGGUAUCAAAUGAGUGUGGAUGAUUUACCGGUAUGGGGUCUCGUGGGAAAAGUUAUGAAACCGACCGAUGAUGUCGAAAUUCUUAAAUUAUAUCCCGUUGGAACUCGUGUACUGUACACACACAAGAAAUAUUCGAUUUCCUACAAUGAAAAACACAUUAUUCACGUAAAUUUGACGUAUUCCGACGUACUAACGUCAAUUUCAUCCAAUAAAAAGGUGGCCUUUACGUACGAAGUCAUGUGGACGGACACAAAAGUCCCAUUUGAAGAUCGGUUUGAUCGGUAUUUGGAAGAUGAAUUUUUUGAACAUCAAAUUCAUUGGUUUUCGAUUUUUAAUUCGUUUAUGAUGGUUAUUUUUCUCUGUGGUCUUGUGGCGCUUAUUUUACUACGUACGCUUAAGAAUGAUUAUGAACGGUUUGCAGAAGAUGAUGCAGAAGAAAUGAUGAUGGAUGGCAAGUCGUUAUUGUUGAAAAAUGAUGCAAAUUCCGGCUGGAAAUUGUUACAUGGUGAUAUCUUUCGUGCUCCGUCGUAUUUGCUGUUAUUCACGGCAUUGAUUGGAACGGGAGCACAAUUAUUGGUGUUGUCAAUCUGUCUCGUGCUUAUUGCUAUUGCCUCGUCGCUUUACAUUGAACCAGGUGGUGUCGUGUCUGUAGGACUCACUGUCUAUGCUUUUUCGUCACUGGCAAACGGAUAUGCAAGUGGUGCUUUUUACCAUCAGUUUUUCUACCCGCGUGUAUCAAAGAACUGGAUACGUGCCAUGUGUUUGUCGUCAAUGCUGCUUCCCAUGGUUACAUGUGUGACGGUAUUUUUUAUCAAUGCGCUGGCUGUGAUUUAUGGUACGACAUAUGCCAUUCCGUUUGUGACGAUCGUGCAGGUAAUAUUGGUGUGGUUCUUUGUUUCGUGCCCGCUUGCCGUUCUGGGGACAAUUUUGGGUCGACAUGGUGCCGCAAAGGCAGGUUUUCCGUGCCGUGUCAACAAGUUUUCCCGCGAAGUACCACAAGCGCGUUGGUACUUGCGUCCACCAGUGUUAAUUGCACUCACGGGUGUACUACCGUUCGGGUCGAUCUUUAUCGAGAUGUACUUUAUUUUUGCAUCGUUCUGGAACUACAAGUUUUAUUACGUGUAUGGAUUCAUGCUGCUGGUGUUUAUCAUUCUGACGAUUGUGACGCUCUGCGUAACCAUCGUGUGCACGUACUUUUUGCUAAAUGCUGAAAAUUAUCGAUGGCAUUGGACGUCUUUCGCGGCCGCGGGCAGCACUGGAAUCUACGUUUUCAUCUACGCCAUCUAUUUCUAUUUUUUCAAGACCAAUAUGUCAGGUUUCUUGCAGACAUGUUUCUACUUUGGCUACAUGGGACUGUUUUGUUUCGCGUUCUUUAUCAUGUGCGGCACCAUCGGAUACCUUGGCAGCAGUGUUUUUACUAAGCGCAUCUAUCGCAACAUCAAGUGUGAGUGA